AAGUGUUUUUGUUGACUGAUGACGUUUGGCUUGAAGCAUUGACAGUUGUGGCUAGAAUGAAUUAACUUGAUAACUAGUGAAUGUGGAACUAUAUAUAGAGAGAGAGACUGCGGUGAAAAGGCAGGGACAAGAUGUUGGAGUCCUAUGUCACACCGCUGCUGAUGAGCUAUGUCAACAAGUACAUCAAGAACCUUAAGCCGUCUGACCUGCAGCUGUCUCUCUGGGGAGGGGACGUGGUGCUAAGUAAGCUGGACCUGAAGCUGGAUGUCCUGGAGCAGGAGUUGAAGCUGCCCUUCACCUUCCUGAGUGGGCACAUCCAUGAGUUGAGGAUCCACGUGCCCUGGACCAAGCUGGGCUCCGAGGCCGUGGUCGUCACCAUCAACACCAUGGAGUGCAUUCUGAAGCUGAGGGAUGGGGUGCAGGUCGGUGCUCCUUACGUCCUCCUUGGCUGCCGAUGAUUAGGAUGAGAGAGCACCAUGCGGGGUCAUGGAGUGGGAUGUGUAUUACUAUCGUGACGUACAGUAUGUCUUAAACUGACUUAAAGUGAAGUUCUGCAAAGGGUUUUUCAUACUUAGGCUACCCAUACGAUAUAUUUUGGCUCAUGGGUACAUUUGACUUAUGACUGAGUGACUCAAGUACUGGUUUGCAGAAUCAUAAUUAUAAAAAAAAAUAUUCUAGGACUAUUUAGUGUACAGGCCAUGGAACUGUUCAUGGUUGUACAUAUGAUCAUACCCUGGCCCUUGGCCUCUUUAGUCUCCCUGGCAGCCCUCGGCUCGUGCCACCACUUUCCCUAAGCAGGCUUAGGUGUUCAAGCAGGGGUGCGCUCACUUGAAAUAAUUUGACACGUCGUUUCUGGCCUGGCCGCUCCGAUUCAAAGGUUUUUCGGUUCGCUAAUGAGCUGGUGUUUAAGUCGAGCCGAUUAUUCUGUGAUCCCCCCACCAGUGCCAGACUAGAGGCUGAGAGGAAUGAGCCGUGGUGGGGCGGACGAGCCUGGGAGAGGCUGCCUCUCUCCAAUCCCACUCUGGAUACGAAGCACGCCUGAGUACGACCGUGUCAUCGCCUGUUUUUGUUAUUGUGUGGUAACCAACUAACCAGACAAGGCUUAAAACUUGUUAAUUUGACAUGGGCAAGUAGCACUUUCCUUCAUCCCCUUGAUCAACGUUUAAUCAUUCUUGAUGACUUGGUCUAAUGAGGAAUGCCCUGAAGAAAAUAAGAAAACAAAACAAAGAAACCAAAAGGCAAAUAAAUCACUGCCUCAUUUAGGAGAAGGCUGAUGUCAUUGCUUGUAUGUGGGGCUUUGUGUAUUUCUUGAUCUAUGUUUUCAAAAGCAUCUGGGACAGAACUGUAGAGUUGGCAAAGGGUUUAAAGGAACCCUCGAACGAGGAGCACAUUUAAGAAAGUCAGGGAUGAAAGCGUGUCGUCAUUCACGCUACCAGAAUUAUAUAUUUACAAAUGCUCCUCUUCUAAUUUUUUUUGAAAGGCAUCAACCAUUAGGCCUGUUCUCAUUCCGUCUGGCCUGAGAGGCAGAGUUCAACAGUUUAGCUCCUCUGUUGUUGUAUUUGUGUAGUAGGCCUGGUUUGGAAUCUGUCCUUAGGCUUGUGUCACCCUGGGGUCAUGAAGGUAGCCUCUGAAUCUACACUGUAACAUGAAGAGCGUUCCCAAAUCUUUUUUUUGUUUUAUUUCUUUCAAAACAAGAAUCACUCAGCACUUUGGCUCCUCAGAAUGGUUUACUAUUCUCCAGAAAUAUUUGUCCAGAAGUCUUCCUAUUAUUUGAGAUUUCACCACAGAUAUUUUACAACUGAAGUUUUUGUCUUGGCAGAGUAGAGCUCAAAUCCAUUUUUAUCCAGCCAGACAUCUUAAUUUAUUCACAAAAUCU